AUGGAGGUUUCAACUCGUUUUUGUGAUCAUUUUGACGUUUACAGUGGGAGACUGUCGUCUCCUGGCUUGAACAUCAUAUACAAUCCAAAUUUUCCAGAAAAAAAAAAUCCCAUUGAAAACGGUGAAGUGAUUCUUGAAGAUGUGAAGCCAAAAGCAGGCAAGUCAAGAUCAGCUGCUCCACCAUCAACUGAACCUGUCACUCUGACAGUUGAGGAGAAACUCAAUGUGACAUUGAAACGAGAUGGUGGAAUGAGUAAUUUUGAUGUCCAAGGAACUUUGUCUCUUCAAAUUCUUAAUCAAGAAGAUGGUCUAAUCCAAGUUCAGAUUGAGACUGGGGGGAAUCCAGCCAUUCUUCUCAAAACCCACCCUAAUAUGAACAAAGAACUCUUCACCAAUGAAAAUAUACUGGGCUUGAAGGACCCUAAUAGGCCUUUCCCAACAGGGCAAGCUGGUGAUGCAGGAGGUGUUGGUCUUUUGAAGUGGAGAAUGCACAGUGCUGAUGAGUCAAUGGUGCCAUUGUCAAUCAACUGCUGGCCCUCUGUUUCUGGAAAUGAAACUUAUGUGAGCAUUGAAUAUGAAGCUUCAUCAAUAUUUGAUCUGCGAAAUGUUGUGAUCUCAGUACCUCUCCCUGCUCUUCGGGAGGCACCAAGUGUUAGACAGAUUGAUGGGGAGUGGAGGUAUGACUCUAGAAAUUCUGUCCUGGAGUGGUCGAUACUUCUUAUCGAUAAUUCUAACCGCAGUGGGUCAAUGGAAUUUGUUGUGCCUCCGGCUGAUUCAUCCGCUUUUUUCCCCAUCUCUGUGCGGUUUUCAGCUACCAGUACAUACAGUGACCUAAAGGUUGUAAAUAUCCUCCCCCUAGGAGGAGGAGUUUCUCCCAAGUUUUCACAGAGAACUGUUUUGACCACAGAAAAUUACCAGGUUGUGUGAUGUCUGGCUUGUUUCUAAAUUUGAAGCACUGAAUUAGGACUUUGACAAUUAGUUUUUUCCCCUAUAUUGUGUAACCCAUUGUAAAAAUUUUGAGAUUUUUGAUGCUGCUUGUUUUAUCUUAUAGGCCUAAAAUUUUCAUUA